AUGCCGCUCGACGAAGAGGGUGCAAAGUGGUCCUGUGAGCCAUGUAUUCGGGGCCAUCGAUCGUCAAAAUGCCAGCAUUUCGAUCGACUGAUGAUGAAAGUCCCGAAGGCUGGACGGCCCUUGGCCAAAUGUCCGCAUCCCAAAGGAACGUGUAGUUGUAAGAAGACAUACGCAGUGAUGAUUCGCAUUCCAAAAGGAUCAACCUGCAUGUGUCGACCGUUGUACGAGGUACCUAUCGAAGAUGAAACCGAUAAUGCCUCUACCCGUUCGACGACAACACCAGUUACGAUCGCUCCGGCCAUUACUCCGAGCUCGGUAGCGCCGACUCCUCCGCCCACUAUAGGAAAGGUCCAGAAAACUGGAAGAAGGCAGAGUAAUCUUCAGGCGGCUCCCGAAAAUAUUGCUAGAGCAUUGGAAUCCAUUGCCAAAGCUGAAAACGAGCGUUCUGACAAUGGUACAUGCAACGAUUUGCCAUCAUACGCUUCGCAGAAUCAAAGCUUCCCGACUCCAUAUGGUCCUCUGGCCCACCAGCAGCCAACUGUGAUCCAGGGCCAAGCUCAUGACAUUAGCACACCCACGGCACCCGAGAGUAACAGCUGUUGCUCGGGCAAAGCAGCCGCCAAACCAACUCAACCACCAACUCAACCACCACCUGAGCAGCCGCCUGAGCAGCCGGCUCAACAGGGUUCUUGUUGUGGAGAGCAGGGACCGAAAUUGGAACAACACGCCGCGUCCGAACCUAGACCAGAAGAAAGUGGCAUCGAUCAUCGUGCAAUGGCAAACGGUUCAACGGCAAAUGGGUUAUCUUACCCUUCGUUCCCUGCUCCAACUGUUCCAACUUGGCAGAAUUUCCAUGCUCCCGGUCACGGUAACUUGGUUCAACCCUUUCCGGUACAUCAACCACGAACUCAAGCGCCCGUUUAUUAUCCUCCAUACGCAACAGCGCCCAGCUAUCCGUAUCAAAACAUACCACAGAGUGUCGGGUUCACACCAAUGGCCAUGCCAGCUUUCCCGCCGACCCAACCUCAGAGCCUUUCAUACACGUCACCCACUGCUGAAUGUUCGGAGCACGUAUGUCACUGCGGUGAUGGUUGCCAGUGCUUGGGGUGCGCCUCUCACCCGUUCAAUAAUACUACGAGACAACACGUUCAAGAGAUGGGUCUUAUAGUAGGCCUUAAUGGUGAAGAGCAGAACCAGCACUCUCCAUAUUCCACAAACGCUGCUCCUACCCCGCUGGACUACUCUGUUACCGCCAUGAACCAUUACUCGGGGCAAACUCAUUCGCACCACAUGGGCAAUGGCUUCUCGCCUCACCUCAGCUAUGCACCAGAUCAGUUCAUGGAACCCUCCGAGUAUUACACUCUGGAGUACCCUGUGGGAUUGCCGAGCUCCUGCUCUGAUGUGACUGGCAGUUGCCAAUGCGGAAAUGACUGCAGCUGCGUUGGCUGUCUUACACACAGCGGCCAUAACGGCUUUGCCUUCCAGCCGGUUUCAACAGAAGGUGUUAGCUUCCACGCCAGCCCACCGGCUCAGCAAUCAAGCCCGAGAUUGUCGAGAGAUCCGUCUGUUCCUUCGCCUAGUCUGUAA